CCUCCCGGCCCGGCGAGUGAGACUCCGGCAGCGCCCGGGCGGCGGCGUUUGAGCCUCGGCGGGGCCCGUACCCGGGCCGCUCGCUCAGCCUCAACAUGGCGGCGGUGCUGCGCGGGGGGAGGGAAGUUUGCGGGACGCCUGUUGAGGACUUCAGUGAUUCUGGACUACUGUUACUGAAAUGAUACUACAGAAGGCAGUGAUUGCACUGUGUUUGUUGGAUGAAACCCAAGUAUUUACUUUCAGUCAAGCGGAUAAAACCCCCUAACUGCAGUUUACAUGUGUAGAUCACUGCGUUACUGUGUUAGUCAUUGUCUCUAUGCAGCAAUGACAAGGCUAGAAGAAGCAAACAGAGAAGUGAACAUGCACUCAUCAGUCAGAUACCUUGGCUAUCUCUCCAGAAUCAACCUCUUGGUUGCCAUUUGCAUGGGCCUUUAUGUCAGAUGGGAAAAAACGUCAGAUGCACUGAUUUUGGUAAUAUUUAUUCUGGGGCUCUUUGUUCUUGGAAUUGCCAGCAUACUGUAUUACUAUUUUUCAAUGGAAACAGCAAGUCUGAGUCUUUCUAAUCUCUGGUUUGGUUUUUUGCUUGGCCUCCUCUGUUUCCUUAAUAAUUCCGCAUUCAAAAGGGAUGUGAAAGAAGAAGCUACAAAAUACUUGCUCCUCUCCGCCAUAGUUUUAAGGAUAUUAUAUGCUUUGGUUGAGAGGAUUUGUGGUUGUAUCCAUCAUCAGCCAACUCUGCUGACACCAGUUGAAUUUUUGGAGCUAGUUGGGUUUGCAAUUGCCAGCACAACUAUGCUAGUAGAAGAAUCUGGAAGCAUUAUUCUGCUGGUUGUAGCUUUGGCCAUGUUGAUUAUUGACUUACGUAUGAAGUCUUUCUUGGCAAUUCCAAAUUUGGCAAUUUUUGGAGCCAUUGCAUCCUUACUCUUUUUUCCAUCACUGCAAAUCCCCACAAACCCUUUCGCCUUGUCAUGUUUCUUUAGCUGCCUGAUUUCAAAUCCCCUUCUUGAUGUUUACUUCAGUGGACUUUCAGUUACUGAACGAUGGAAGCCCUACUUAUACCGUGGUAAAAUCUGCAGAAGGCUUUCUGUCAUCUUAGUUGGAGUCAUCGAAUUCACCUUUUUCAUUCUUUCAGCCUUUAAACUGCGUGAUUUGGAUCUCUGGUAUUUUGUGGUACCUGGUUUUUCUAUUUUUGGAAUUUUCUGGAUGAUUUGUCAUGUGAUCUUUUUUAUAACUCUUUGGGGAUUUCACACAAAACUAAAUGACUGCCACAAGGUGUACUAUACCCACCGUGCAGAAAACAACAGUCUUGACAGAGUUAUGGCAUCUAAAGGAAUGCGUCACUUCUGUUUGAUUUCACAGCAGCUAGUAUUUUUCAGCCUUGUCGCGACUGCUGUUUUGGGAGCCGUUUGUUGGCAGCCAACCAAUGGGAUCUUCAUGAGUGUAUUUCUCAUCGUUUUACCUCUGGAGUCCAUGGCUCAUGGGCUUUUCCAUGAGCUGGGAAACUGCUUGGGAGGAACAUGUGUUGGGUAUGCUGUUGUGAUUCCCACCAGCUUUUGCAGUCCUGAUGGCCAACCAACUCUUCUUCCACCUGAGCACGUACAAGAGUUAAAUCUGAGGUCUACUGGCAUGCUUAAUGCCAUCCAAAGAUUUUUUGCAUAUCACAUGAUUGAGACAUACGGUUGUGACUACUCUACAAGCGGACUGACCUUUGAUACCCUUCACUCCAAGAUCAAGUCUUUCCUUGAACUUCGGACAUCAGAUGGACCCAGACAUGAUACCUACAUUUUAUACUACAGUGGUCACUCACAUGGCACUGGUGAAUGGGCCUUGGCAGGGGGUGAUGCUUUACGACUGGACACACUGUUGGACUGGUGGAGAGAAAAGAACGGUACUUUCUGUUCUCGACUCAUCAUCGUUUUAGACUGUGAGAACUCUCAGCCUUGGGUUAAACAAGUAAGAAAAGUAAAUGACCAGUAUAUUGCUGUGCAAGGAGCAGAAAUGGCCAGAGUUGUAGACAUUGAGGAAGCAGACCUUCCACAGCUUGGUGACUUCACCAGGCAGUGGGUUGAGUACAACUGUAAUCCUGACAGCAACAUCAGCUGGUCUGAAAAGGGACGUACAGUGAAAGCAGUGUAUGGUGUGUCAAAACACUGGAGUGACUACACUUUGCAUUUGCCAACAGGAAGCGAUGUUGCCAAACACUGGAUGAUAUACUUCCCACGCAUCACCUAUCCCUUAGUACAUUUGGCAAACUGGUUUUGUGGUCUCAAUCUGUUCUGGGUCUGUAAAGCGUGCUUUAGGUGCUUGAAAAGACUGAAAAUGAGCUGGUUUCUUCCCACAGUGCUGGACACUGGACAGGGUUUCAAACUCGUCAAAUCCUAAUUAGCAACCAAAGAGAAAAUGAAGUGAGAGCUCUGGGAACUUUCUCACUGUACUGUACUUACAACUUUUUAUAUGAGUAUUUUUCUCUGAAAAAGUCUGCUAUACUCACUUUACUCAGCUCUUUGAGCAGCUACAGUAUAUGCAACAGUUAGAAACUGCAGUCUUAAACAGAAGAGGGUCAGACUAAGGUAUUUGAUUUUUGUUGCGGGUCUGUAUGUAUGUACGUAAGAGGCUUAUUUAAUAUGACCAUGCAUUUUGGAGACAGUUCACGUGUUCAUAGAUGUUACUUAAAGCAGCCUUUGUUCGGAGUCAUCAGUUUGAUGGACAACAACUCCUGUGAAUGUUACAGCAUGCUUUUUUGUCAUUUAUAUCCACUGUAAGGCUCAAAUACAGGAAAGGAAUCAAGCUAAUACUCAAAUCAAUUUAUAUGUGCUUGAAAUUAUAUGGUGCAAUCAGGGGUAUUACAAAACAGCACUGAGCCAAAAAAAAUAGAAAAAUGAAUAGCCAUUUAGGUAAGUAGCUACCAAGAAUCUUUAGUUUCAUUUGCCUUUACACCUUUAGCCCCUGCCUCAGUUCUCUGCUGCAUCUGUGGAAAUUUACCACAGAAAAAAAGGAAAUUGGACAGUCCUCUAACGUUCUGGCACUGCUGGGACAAUGUUUGCUGAAGUGCAGUUUCAGAAACUUUCAGUUUUACUUUCGAAGUUCAGUAUCUUGCUGGUGAGCUUUUUUUAUUAUUUUUCUUCUAAUAUUCCUAGUAGUUAUCUCAUACGUGGAAUAAAAAGUGCACCGAGAGUUUUUCCCUCACCUGUUAAGGUGGUUCUGGCUUUUCCUUCCUGGGCUGUUAUUAGUUUGUGUUUUGAAAAGCUACCCUGAAAAAAAUCAAAAACAAAACAAAACCCAAGGAGUUUAACAAAGAAAAUA